CCCGUCGGGCUGGGGAGCGGCCGGAGCUCCCUCCCCGCCCGAGAGCGCUGAGAGGCGGCGAGGAGGGUGCGGAAAGACCCUGCCGGCCCCGCCUUCAGCUCGUAGCCCUCUGAGGCAGGCGUUUCCUCUCAGACGGAGCUCUGGCCGCUGUGCGGCCGUCACCUCGAGUUGCUCGCGGGGUCCUCCCCCUCGCACCACCACCACCACCAGCGCCACGAAGGCGCCCAGAGAGGGGCUAGCGGAGCCGGGACGCCCAUUACCCCACGCCACGUGCGCCCCGAGCUCUCCCCCGAGCGGGAUGGGCGCCGGGACCUGGCCGCCCCGGCCGGCGCUGCUCCUGAGCGCUCUGGCCGCCGUGCUGCUGCCGCCGGGGGCGGCGGGCUUCGCGCCCUCCCUCGACAGCGACUUCACGUUUACCCUGCCGGCCGGCCUGAAGGAGUGUUUCUACCAGCCGAUGCCCCCGAAGGCCUCGCUGGAGAUCGAGUACCAAGUUUUAGAUGGAGCAGGAUUAGAUGUUGAUUUUCUUCUUGUCUCACCAGAAGGAAGGACUUUAGUUUUUGAACAAAGGAAAUCAGAUGGCGUGCAUACGGUGGAGACUGAAGUUGGUGACUACAUGUUUUGUUUUGAUAAUACAUUCAGCACUGUUUCUGAGAAGGUGAUUUUCUUUGAAUUAAUUCUGGAUAAUAUGGGAGAACAAGAGCAAGAAGAGGACUGGAAGAAAUUUAUUACUGGCACAGACAUGUUGGAUUUGAAACUGGAAGAUAUUCUGGAGUCCAUCAACAGUAUCAAGUCCAGACUGAGCAAGAGUGGUCAUAUCCAAACUCUGCUUAGAGCAUUUGAAGCUCGUGAUCGAAACAUACAAGAAAGCAACUUUGACAGAGUCAAUUUCUGGUCUUUGGUUAAUUUAGUGGUCAUGGUGACAGUGUCAGCUAUUCAAGUUUAUAUGCUGAAGAGUCUAUUUGAAGAUAAAAGGAAAAGUAGGCCUUAAAGAAAAAAUAUACCAUUACAAUCAAGAUCAUUUUUAAGAAUGUUUUCAAAACAAGUACAACUUUAAUAUAAGAAAAAUCUUCACUUCUGUGCAAAUACUUUUGCUCUAUUGGUACUUAAAUAAAUAAUAUUUUGUAGAGUAUAGGAAGAAUGAAAUGAGUAACUGCUUGUCCUUAAAUUUUGGGAAAAAAUUCCAGAUGUCAUGUAUGAUGUAAAUCAGUAAGAUUUGGGCCUAAAUGUAAACUAUAGCACUGUCCUCCCGUUGUUCAUCGAGUUGCUCGAGCGGGCCCAGUAACGUCUUCAUGGUGAGACUUGUUGUUACUGUGUUUGGCAUAUAGAAUACGCUUGCCAGGCUUUGCCGUGCAGACAAGGUAAACAGUGUAAACAAAUGUAAACAAUGUCUUAAAGAAGAUUUUUAUAUGCAAAGUUUCUAUAUAAACGUGGGCAAAUUUUCAGUAUAUUAAAUUAUGACUCAUCUGAGAAUUAUGAAUUAAAGACAGUGAACUUUUUACAUAUACAUCUCCUAUAAUGUCAAUAGAAACAACUGUGUAGAAUUUAUGAAAUUUUUAAUAAUCACAUUGAUCUAUUUUAAUUAUUAGGCAUCAGAGAGAGAUGAUCCCAGGCUGAACACAGCCAGGAUUGAGCCUUAACUCAAAGCUAGUAGACCCAAAGCACCACCAUGUCUGGCCAACAAAGCAAAAAAAAAAAUAUUUUUAACUUAAAAAUAUGGUCAUAUUUUUUGCCAGUGUUUGUGAAAUGAUGCUAAAAGGAUCUGUGCCUAUUGUGUGGCCCCCCUCAAAAACAAAAAAGGAAACAAGAAAAUCCAUGAGAAAUAGGUAAAUUUUAGGGUAUCUGAUCAAAAUCAAGUUCACUUAAAUGAGUAUCUGGAAUCUGACUUGAUUCAUCAUAACCCAAUUCUAAUAUAAAUCAUGAAAUUUCCAGCUAAUUAGAAGAAACUAUACUUGGCUGUGGGUUUUAUUUUUCCUACAUUUUUUAAUUCUCUUUUAAAAUGUGUAUUCAGGUACAUUUUGUAAAAUCUAAGAGUUAAGGUUUAGUACUGGCUCUGCAUAUUUAUUACGGUGUUUAUCAUAAGUUUGAUUUUGUAAAAUGACCUUCCGGGUCACUUUGACAAAUUCAAGUAAAAAUUAAAAACUUGAGGCCCAAGUUAUGAACAUACAGUGUGUAUAGUACAUAAAGAACCAAAGCAAGGUCACUUUCACACAAUGUCCAGUGAAAACAAACCCUUACCUUAGAUUCUCAUAACUGAGGUUUCCAAAGGUGAGAGUGUGGACAGAAUGGGUCAAUACAGACAGUGAAGGGAUGCAACACUUGGUGUUGGAUGUGGUUAACAUUAUACCCCUAGAAAUUAGAACCAUUUACAUACUUGUACACCAAUGAAACCUCAGUAAAUAAAUUCAAUUUAAACAGGUUUUUCAAAACCACUCUGUAUUAAUAGCUCUAUAGAGUAUCAGUCUUCCUAGUUUAUUGGAGUUUGUGGAGUUUUGCUUCAAGUAAUAGUAUUUUGCUAUUACAAAUCGAUUUUUUUAGGUUACUGUCAGAUGAGUUAGAAACAAUCAAUUUACAGGGCCAGAGUGAUAGUAGAGCGGGUAGGGCAUUUCUCUUGCACACGGCCAACCUAGGCUCAAUCUCUGGCAUCCCAUAUGGGCCCCUGCUCACCACCAGGAGUGAUUCCUGAGUGCAGAGACAGAACUAAAACCUGAGCAUAACCAGGUGUUACCCAAAAAGCCAAAAAGAAAAAAAAAAAUCAGCUUACAAGUUUGAGUAUAAAAUUCUGCUAGAAUUCUCACUGAGGAAUAUUAUCAAGAUAGAAUGAUUUCAUUUCUAAUUUAUACUCAGAAAGGUUAAAAAAAAAAGGUAUUUCCCUCCAUCUUAUAACCUUGGGAAAACAGGUCAAAACUGAGGUAAAUGCCAUUAUCAGCUACUUUCGUUUGCAGAGAAAAUGCUUUUUUUAAACGUUCAGAAAGUAGUCCUUACCUAACGCAGAGAAGCAAACUUACGAGACUCUAAUAAAACUGUACAGAUAAAAACUACUGCAUCUUUUCUAUAAACUGUGAUUAAAGUAUUCUACCUCUUAUGACUGGUUACUUCAAUUCUGUACUUUGAUAACUUACCAAACACUGAAUUUGUUGUAUCUUCUACGUAAUAUGAUUUGUGCCACGUAACUGAAUGACUUUUUUUGAGAAAAAUUUAGGAAUAUUAAGAACCAUUUUAUUUUUAUAAACACAAAAUGGGAAGUGAAAUUAUUUACGCAAACUACCUGUAUUAACCAAGAGUAACAUUUAAGCUAAGAAUUUAAUUACUACAGGCAUAAUAUCUGCCCUUUAUAAUUCAAUUUUCAAAUUGUGCUAAAAUUAAACUCUGGAGAGUUUGUUUGGUCUACACUUUUUAAUAAUAUAAAUGCAAAAUACUAUAAUGUUCGAGGCCUACCUAGAGUUUCAGUCCUAAGUAUUUGAAUUAUUGAUAUUCUUUCAUCAAUACAUAGAGAAUAAACUGAAAUAACACUGAAGUGUUACAAAUAGAAAUGUCAAUUUGCAAGACAUGUUUAACCUUACUCAUUGUUGUAAAAUUUGAUAGUUGAGUACAUUAAACUGUAUGCCUCUUUCCCCAAAUGAAAAUUCUUUAUUUGAAAUCCCAAAAUUGCUUUAGCAUGUACAUUUUUCAUUCAAUAAACCAGUGUUGCUCUAAUUGCUUUACUGCUUGUAGAGGUCAACCAUGUUAAACAAGUGUUGAAGACUGAGAUAUGGCAUAUAAUAAAUACUAUUAAAAAAAUUCCACUUAUCUUCCUCUCAUUGUUAAUCCUGUCUAGUCCUUAAAGUCUUUGUUGACCUCAACUUGGCCAAGCAUGUGCUUCCUUUCAUUUGAAGAUCCGUAAUUCACUGUGUAUUGUUUCACUUUGCAUUGGAGUUCUAGUUUAUAUGCAUACCUUUUCUGUGGCCUAACCAUAUAUUGGGGAAAAAAAUUCCUUCAAGCCCCAUCAUUUGACAAAUACUUUAUAAAGACUACUUCCCAAUCCUCAGAUGUUUUUGAGUAGUGAUAAGUUUUAUAAAAGGAACUGUUUACAUCCACUGUCAAAUGGGAUAAUAAACCUAAUCUGAAAAAGAAAAA